CUAUACGUCAGACAUGACAUGAAAUCAGCUGGGACCCUGAACAAAAGCUUUAGCAAGUCAAGUUCGAAAUGUUAUUUAGCGUGAGUGGAGCUGCGUGAUUUUUUCACGCAAUGAAACUGUGAUUAUAUCCGUUGUAACUGUAACAACUAACGCUCACUGUGAAGUCUACAGAGUAAGGUCUUUAUACAGAUGAUCCUUUAUCCAAAUGCAUAACAAUGGAAAAUUGCAUGCAGAGAUGAGAUGAAGUCAAUUACCGAGAAGAAUCCAAACAAAGGCAGAUGUGCUUCUCAACAGUCGAAUAAAUGAACACCAGUAAAGCAUCCAUACAGCCAAAAAGACCUCAUGUCAUUUCUGGACUGCACCUGUAUCUCUACCCACUCACAAGUCCAGUCCAUCAGCAUAGAGGAGCAGUAUGAAGACAUCAGCCACCAGGUCUCGAGCAGUGAUGUCUCUCCGUGUUGUGUGUUGAUGGAUGACGAUGACGUCACAGGUCUUUCCACUGACCCCGCCCACUAUCAGCUGCUGUCACGACUGGGGCGGGGCUUCAAUAACCUGAGUCAGGUGAGCGUAGCACGUCAUACUCCAUCUGGUCGACUGGUGGCGGUAAAAAACACGAACCUCGAUGAGUGUACAGAAGAUGAACUCCUACAUCUGAUGAAUGAGGUUUUGUUGUCCAGACUGUUUCGUCACCCAAAUCUUCUGACGUCCAGACUGGUGUUCAGUUCGUGCUGUGAGCUCUGGGUCUUGUCUCCGCUCAUGAGCUAUGGUUCUGCAGACUAUCUGCUCAGGCAGUAUUUUCCGGAUGGAAUGAGUGAGUCUCUAAUAGCGUAUUUGCUGUAUGGUGUGUUGAGAGGUCUGGAGUACCUGCAUCACAUGGGUUAUGUGCACAGGGGUGUUAAGGCGAGUCACGUGUUGUUGUCAGCAGAAGGUCGGGUGUGUUUGUCAGGGCUUCAAAGCGUGUACAGUCUAAUGAAGGACGGCAAGAGGAUGAGGGCGGUGUAUGAUAUGCCUCAGCACAGUCCGUCUCUUCUGCCAUGGUUGAGUCCUGAGCUACUGCGACAGGAUCUCCAUGGCUAUGGCGUGAAAUCGGACAUCUACAGUCUGGGAAUUGUGGCUUGUGAACUAGUCAGUGGCAGGGUGCCGUUUCAGGACAUGCCGCCCACUUUGAUGCUACUACAGAAGUUGCAGGGUUCUCAUUCUUGUCUCCUCGAUGUCUCCCCUUACCCACUUGGAGACCUCGGGGCACUCAAAGUGUCCCGUUCCGGAGUGGAUUCGGGGAUUGGCGAGAGCGUCGCGACCGGAAGCCUGACUCGUACGGCCACCGCAGAGAGACCCCAGAGUCCCGCCCCCAAAAACCACUCGGCUACACUGCACAACCUGGUCCAGCUCUGCCUGCAACAACAUCCUGAGAACAGGCCGUCCGCAAGCGCUCUUCUCAACCACCCCUUCUUUAGACAGGUAAAGAAACACACGAAAGACUCUUUCCUCAGUUUGAUGUAUCCGGCCGUACCGAUGUCCUGUCCUCCAGACACGCCACCAUCCGAAACCCCAACCCACACCUGUAAUACUCCCUCUCCCACCAACACUGAGCCAGAAGAUGGGAUGUGGGACUUUUCCUGACCCUCUUCUCUAUCCCUGUCCCGAAAUACCAUGUCCUUCUUUUCUUUCCUUUUUUUCUUGCCUUUACACUGCAAAAAUGAUUUUCUAGAAAAAAACAAAUCUUAGUAUUUUUGUCUUGUUUUCAGUAUAAAUUUCAAAAAAUUCUCAAAUUAAGAUGCUUUUUCUUGAUGAGCAAAACGACCCAAGAAAACAAGUCAGUUUUAAGCGAUUUUGUGAAUAAAACAAGCAAAAAAAUCUGCCAAUAGGGUAAGCAAAAAAAUCUUGAACAUUUUUCUUAAACACUUAAUUCAAGAAAAAUUUGCCUACCCCAUUGGCAGAUUUUUUUGCUUGUUUUAUGCACACAGAAUUUUUGGUCUAAAAAAAUAAACUUAAUUUCCUAGUGCUUAGGUUUGACAGUGCAUUAUGCAAUAAGCAGUCCAUUCCUGACAUUGCUGUACAUCAGUAUUGUGAUCAUACCUUCUGUUUGAUGUUCAAAGUCCACAACCAGCCAAUCACGUUAAAGAGAAAACAGCAAAUCACUGGAUAUGAUCCUAUCUCAGAUGAGUGAGGUCAUCAAACUGAGCCAUGAGUGCUGUGAAGGGCUGUGGGGUUUAUGAAGUACGUCCCCUCGUGCCAGUUAUUUUAUUAAAGCGUGUGUCCAUGUACAUGUUUAUGUGAGUGUGCCUAUUUGUUUUCAACUGGCAUUUCCAAAAUCUUCCUCUGGCUCUCUGUGAAGAAACUGCACAAUUUUAAUCCUGUGAAGAAAACCGAACCUUUAAUGCUGUGCUGUUCAACCCACAUUUAUACUGCCUCAAUAUAUACUGUACGCUCUGAAUGGGAUUUUGAUGAAUCCUGGUUAAACUGUUGGACUGAGCAGCUUUAACUGUGACUGUGAUACUAUUUGCCGAAGACCUUUUAUGUUUUUUUAUGUUACUUGUAUGAUACAUUUAGAUUUAUGAUAAAUAUAUUCUUACUCUGAUUCCUAAA